AAUGAGCAGUCUCGCUUUGCAACUCGCGACCGCCCGGCACAUCCAUAUUCAUUGUGCGAAAUUAUAUGAACUUUUUUUAUUUUUGAAAAAAUGUGCUUAGUUUGUGUCUGGUGCUGUGAAAAUUUUUGACCAUGUGGACAGUUCCUAUUUUCGCUAAUUUAUUAUUAUGUUUAUCGUUCAGUGAACAGAUGACAUUUCAAAGACUGAGUUGUUUCAACACAAAAUCCACCAAUCACACAAGAAAUUUCCCCGUCAGGGCCCGAAAAAAUGUUACACAGAUCUCAACACCCAAUCCGAUAGAUUUAAACACAACAGUUAUAGAUCGGUCGGGGACGAUGAUAUUUCCCGACGCAAGUUCAAAGGAACCAAAGGGACAGUGCUACUUCGGUAUGUGCGAUAAGAUCGACAAUUAUCCGUCGAACGAAAUAGAACGAAUAUUAGAAAAAUCGCCGGAUUUUAGACAAUACCUGAUUCCACGGGUGCAAAUAGACAACAGAGAUCAGUUCGGUUUAGACGACGAUGAUACUAUGUGCGCCACAUCGAAGUUUACCCGAUUUCCGGAAUCUGCGAAGAAUACUCGGAACGAAGAAAAAAUAAUUGUCAAAUCCAAAGACCACAUACAAGGCUUCGAAACUGUGCUGUGUAAAAAUGAGGGAACAGCUUGCAGAUUCUCGGCCUUCUUCCCCAAUUACGAGGCCACAUGCACACAAAAAUUCGCCGUCCGCCGAUUAAUGGUCUACGAAAAAAAUAAGGAGAACUUCGUGUUUGAUGAUUUUCAAAUUCCCUCGUGUUGUGUUUGUACUGUACGAGUUAAAGCUAGAUGAUAGUGUUUGCAUGUUUUAUUUUGACAAUAUUUUAAUUUGCAAUAAAAGUCUAAAACGAA